AUGAGAGCACUAACCAUCAGACAGACGAUUUUAUUUGCUUCGAAGGAAUCGGGUAGUGAGAUUACAUAUGACAGUUCUUCGGUACAAAGUUUAUUUCUUCAUGCACUUGAAACCGGUCUUAAGGAUGAGACAAUUCGGGCCAAACUUCGGCCUUCAGUAUCAAAAACUGAUGUAUCUGAUGAAGAACUAAUUGAAGCAAUGUUUUUAGCAGUGUCGGCAGAAACGGAACGUAGUAAGAAGUUUAAUGUAGCAAGUCCAGGAAAAAGCAUGAAAGCACGCGUUUCGGCAGUUCAAAAAGAGGAUGACACGGAGAAGAAAGAGAUUUUGGCAGCUAUUAAACAAGUCAAAACUGACUUAUCUGCCAUGCAGAAUGAGAUGAAAACACUCCGUGGGACUGUGCAUAAUCCGAAUCAAAACCAGAGCACAGCAAAACCAUCUCGCAAAUGUGAAAAUUGUAAACCUACUGACGAGU